AUGUUGAAGUGGGUUCUCAAAAUCGGGAAUUUUCUAGCAAUGACUCCCACUGAAGGAAAUUUUUUUCCUCAUCGUGCACAUGCAUACAUCAUGAUCGGUGUUUAUGUGGUGUUUUUCAGUGUUUCAAUUUUUUAUAGAAUAUCUUACUAUUCAACGUUAAGACCGAUAAACUUGUUAGUCCAAAUUAUCCUAGAUGGAAUUUUAAUAAUUCUUAAUGUAUACACAGUCUUGACAACUGUCACAAAAAGAUAUCAGUGGAGUAAAUUGCUAGUGAAUCUAAAAGUUGACCAAGAAAAAAAAUCACAUUUUAUUAUUGCAAAUAUUUUAUUCCACUUAAUCCACGUUUAUUCCACUGUUGUUUUCACGCUUUUUUUGGGUGUGAAUUAUAUUAUACAGUACGGUUUUGAAUAUCUUCAAUUAUAUUCACAAUUCCUGUUCUACUUUCUUUUAUACACGAUUUUAAAAAUUUUGGUGGUGAAAUAUACACAGCUGAAAACAACUUUAUCCGAAGAGAGACGCCCUUUGAUGCCUUUGCAAGUAAUCAAAAGUCACAUUUUCAGCUUGAGGGAAUCAAUUGACGCCUUUAAUGACAUUUUUGGUUGGCCGUUUCUGUUACUUAUCAUGUUUACAAGUUUUCAAAUAAUGAUCUACCUCCAAGGAAUUUUCGUGGGAUCAAGAAAAUCACUCGCGACAAUCAUUUCUAAUGUUAAUGUAAUUUCGUGGCAAUCGAUGUGCACUUUUUGUAAUAUUGUAUUAUGUGAUUCUGUGAUCCACACAGCCGGGGAGUUACCGAAUCUGGUUUAUAGUCUAGAUUUGGAGAGACAUUUUGAAAUGAAACACACACAGGAAAUGGAAAAUCUCAAUGAAUUUGUGGUUGCAAUUAAAGAUAAUUUUCCUGUUUUCGUCGCGGCUAGAUUUUUUGAGAUAAAUAGGAAAACGAUCUUUAAGAUGUUUAAUGCUAUCAUCACUUUUUUGAUAGUGAUAAUUCAGUUUGAAACGAAUUAUUCUGGUGAUGAGUGCAGUUCAUGUCGGUUUAAUGCAUCAACAGAGACACAGUAA